AGACUGUUCACUUUGCCCACGUAUUGCUCUCAUACCCAGCAGAACCGCGGCCCAUAUAGGCAGUCACGCGGGCUUCACGAUGUCUGUGCCAGACAUCGCCCGUGCACUGACAUUGCAUAAUAGGACACGUACAUAAUGCCAACCCGUGCGUGGUAUGCGCUCUUGAAAAUUGAGCGGCAGCUCGCGUGCGUCUCCCCAUUCGCGCCGGCUGGCACUUGGCAAUGGACGGAGGCCGUUCGACACUCCAGCGCGGCCACGCGUGCCAGCUGCGCUGUCACCCGACGCGUAUGUCAAACUGCCCGCAAGAAUGUGACGGCACGAUGAGCUACACGCUCUAAGAAUGCGUUUAGUGCAGGGUUGAUUUAAUGGGGCUUGCACAUCCUCGUUCAGCUGCACUGCAGGUCUAUCAUUCCAUUUGCGGGGCCAUAGCAAUCUCCGUCCACACCGGGGGCCUCCGCGGCGGCGUUUAUUCCUGGACGAAGGAUAGGGGCGCUCACGGACGUUACAAUGCUGUACCAGGUGACCGACGAGCGCAAGCUGGCCGGCGAUAGAAAACGCUGGGCGUUUACUUGCAUGCGGGACUGGAGCUCUGCCAUCGCCCCUUUUCCUCGGAAGGAAGAAUUGGAGCCGGUGCAAGCCGUGUCAAACGGCAAGUUGCCGUCCAACCAACAAAACGGCGCCACCGUCACACACCCGGAUCCGUGGCUGUACACGGGCGAGUCAGUGAAGGAAGCAGGGGAGCCCGGCCGGCGGGCCAGCACUUGGUCCGACUGCUGCGACCCCAGCUCGGUGUGCCUGCCGUCGAGAAGGCGCCGCAAUGCCAGCUUCUUUGGCAGCACCGAAGAGCUCAACCGCGAGCGCAGCCGCCAGGAGUCAUCGGGCCACUGCGUCAUACACCCCUGCAGCGUCUUCAGGAUGUAUUGGGACCUGUGCCUGACGGUGCUUCUGGUGGCCAACCUGGUGCUCAUUCCUGUGGACGUGGCAUUCUUUGCCGAUCCCGGCGAUCUCUACUGGAUGGCUUUUCACCUGACGUCAGACGCAAUCUUCUUCGUGGACAUCGUCUUCAACUUUCGCACCGGCGUGAUCACCACCGAAGGCGUAGAGCGAGUGAACCUGGACCCGAAGUACAUCGCGCGUCAUUACCUUCGGACCUGGUUCCUGCUAGACUUCCUAAGCACGGUGCCGUUCGACUACAUCUGCGUGCUGGUGGAGAGCACGUUCAAAAGCCUGCGGCAGCCAGGUGCCCUGUCCGCCAUCCGUCUGCUGCACCUCGCCAAACUGCUGUGCUUGCUCAAGCUGCUCAGGCUGUCCAGACUGUGCAGGUACAUCAGCAGCCUCCAAGAGCACACGUUCGCGUACUGCUCAACGGUAUACCUGAGCCUGACAAACAUGGUCGGCCUGAUGCUGCUCAUUGCUCACUGGAACGGCUGCCUGCAGUUCUUCGUAGCCAUGAUGCAGGGAUUUCCCGAGAGCAGCUGGGUACAGAGAAAUGGAAUCCAGCACCGACCUAUGUUUGAGCAGUACUCCUGGUCCAUGUUCAAUGCGCUGUCUCAAAUGCUAUCCAUCGGGUAUGGACAGAACGCACCGGCCACAGUCGUCGAUAUGUGGCUCGUCACUGUUGGCAUGGUCACCGGUGCCACUGGCUACGCGCUCCUGAUUGGCCACGCCACAACGCUCAUCCAGAGCCUGGAUUACACCAAACGGUUGCACCGGGAGAAGAUGGAGCGCGUGGAGGAGUACAUGCAGUACCGGCGCAUGCCCAAGGAGCUUCGUUUCCGCGUGCGCAAUUACUUCGAGCAUCGGCACGAAGGAAAGGCUUUCGACGAGGAUGCCAUACUAGCUGAACUUUCGCAGCCCCUCAAGGAGGACGUGAUGAAACACAACUGCCGGGCCACGCUUCGAGCGGUGCCGUUCCUGUCGCACGUGGACCCGGGCUUCGUGAGUGACCUGGUGACGAGGCUGCGCUACGAGUUCUUCCAGCCUGGCGACGUCAUCAUUCAGCAGGGGUCCGUGGGUCGCAAGAUGUACUUCAUCCAGUCGGGCACCGUCAAGCUGCUCCUCGACGGCUCGCGGUUCCUCGGCACCCUGUCCGAGGGCAGCUACUUCGGAGAGAUCUGCCUGCUGACGAAGACGACGAGGAACGCGAGUGUCAUAGCGGACACCUACUGCGACCUCUUCUCGCUGUCCGUGGAGAACUUCAAUGAGGUGCUGCUCCAGUACCCGCUCAUGCGAAGCUCGCUCGAGGCCACCGCGGCUCAGCGCAUCGCGCACAACUCGGCAUUCCGCGCGUGCGACAGCGAGCAUUUAUGAGGGUUGCCCGUCUCCCGCACGAGUCACGAGUGUCACAUUAGUUAGCACGGCAGGAGCGAGAACCGUGCUCUCAGUGCCAAAGAGAGACCAGCAGGAACCGCAAGGCAAGGUGUGUGGCCGGUGUUGUCUUGCGGUUACGACAAAGGUUGCGCCCGACAACGGCUGCUUCUGCCGAGCGAGUUGGUGCAGGGCUCAGCCUAGAACCAACAGCAAUGCACGGAUGACAUAAGACGACGCAGAGACGUCGUCGGUGGGGCAGCCAAAUGUCGUUUUCCUUCUUAUGUGCCUCGCCAUCGCACCUAGUCUGUAAGAUGUAACUUGUGAUCAACCUGUGCUCAUAUUUGUUCACUUGUACCAGCGUUGGUUCGGUUUAAUUAUUUUAUGUAUUAUAGUGCGUCAUUCUUGCCCUUUUCUUUUGUACCGAUCUCGAUCCAAGAAGAAGAGUACGUUUUUCAUCUCGUCGCCACUUUCAUAGUUCACAGCCAUUUUCUUUUCGUUCUUUUUCACGAGACGGCGUUUCAAGGUCUUGACAAAGAGGCAAAAGCUAGUCAUAGAUAAAUGGUUACAAUAUGUCGAACAAAGUGGCCUCAGUGAUCUUGCAGUAUAAGAUCAGACCAGUGCAGGCAAAGGAACACAAAGUAAAAGUCUACCUAGCACUGCGCUCGUCUCGGAAUUGGGGCACGAAAAGGACCACAAGUGUCAGUGAUGCAUCGCCGCUGUUUGAUGGCGCAUGACUGUAACAUAUUUGCACGAAUAUUACGCGAAUUCAUUGUUACUUUUCAGAAUUUCAGAAAAAAAUUAACCUCACCUUAAAUUUAGAGCAAUGCUACGAAAAUACCGCUAAAUUACGUUUGCCCUCCCUCCCCCCCCCCCCAUACUGUCGCUCAAGUCUGAGACAAACUGCCAUUAGGCGAAUGAACUCUCCACGAAAGCUCACAUCACACAAUUUUGCGGAGAAGAGGUUUUCAAACGGCGACAGGGGAACUCGCCGCGAUGCAAAGGAAUGGUGUGGAUGGCACGAAUUGGUCUGGCUACAGUAAGAAAGGUGUCCUCGCAAGUUCAGCUCUAAUAGCGCGACCUACAACAGCGACAAACGCCCACCCAGCCGCCUCACGACAUCUUUUUUUUAUAUUCAUAAUCGCGCGAUAUUCGUGCAAAUUAUGCUACUUCAAUGGUCAGUUGAACUCUUCCUGCAAAUUCUGUGGAAACGGGAAUUGUGCUGAAAGAUGCACCACUUUGUGAUGGCUAAAGGUUCAUUGUUGUGAUCGCAGAAAUCCAUGUCGCGACGUUAGGAUACACGCGCAACCUUGUAAACACGAGAUUCGUUACAUUUGUGUAAAUUGUACAUAUGUCGGAGAACGCCCUGCAUGUAUGCUAGGUACCCGGAUACAAUUUACUCCUGCUUCCCUACUGUCAAGUGCCAACCACUGUGCGGACAUUUGCUGCCCAAUAUUUCUAUGGACCUUAGACUGGCAUGUCGAUGUAGAAGCAGCUGCACCAAGGCCACGUGCAUCACACACACACAGAAAAAAAAAUCCCUGAGGUUAAAUCAAACAUCGUUGCAUUUGAUUCGUAGGAUACAUGGCAAAGUUAGCGAGCAGAUAAAGUGUGGUGGUGAAACACCACACCGGGUACAACGAGGAAGGCAUGACAUUUAACUGGACAUUUACCUGGGCAAAUUGUGCAUUUUAUCAUUAACGUGGGAGGCGCUCUUCAUUUUUAGGAGUUUUCAGCUCACUACACUGAGGUAUUGUAAACGGCGUUCGUUAGUGAGGUUGAUCGCUUCAGUUUCAUUACAGCGUCUAUUCUUUCAUGAAGUUGCCAUCACUGUGCGGCAGGUUUAGAUAAUUGCAGACGGUUUGUCGAAAAACGAUUUCUUGGAACUUGGUCAAGCUGCCUUCGGCCUAGCAUUUAUACCGACACCAAUGUAACCUUCGCUGCGUACGAUACUAUAUGCUCGUAAGGCUCGGUCGAAGCGCUUGUUCACACAUCAUCAUCAUCAUCAGCCUGGUUACGCCCACUGCAGGGCAAAGGCCUCUCCCAUACUUCUCCAACUACCCCGGUCAUGUACUAAUUCUGGCCAUGUUGUCCCCGCAAACUUCUUAAUGUCAUCCGCCUACUUUAACUUUCUGCCGCCCCCUGCUACGCUUCCCUUCCCUUGGAAUCCAGUCCGUAACCCUUAAUGACCAUCGGUUAUCUUCCCUCCUCAUUACAUGUCCUGCCCAUGCCCAUUUAUUUUUCUUGGUUUCAACUAAGAUGUCAUUAACCCGCGUUUGUUCCCUCACCCAAUCUGUUCUUUUCUUAUCCCUUAACGUUACACCCAUCAUUCUUCUUUCCAUAGCUCGUUGCGUCGUCCUCAAUUUAAUCAAAACCCUUUUCGUAAGCCUCCAGAUUUCUGCCCGUGAGUACUGGUAAGACACAGCUAUUAUAUACUUUUCUCUUGAGGGAUAAUGACAACCUGCUGUUCAUGAUUUGAGAGUGCCUGCCAAACGCACCCUAGCCCAUUCUUAUUCUUCUGAUUAUUUCACACUCAAAAUCCGGAUACGUGGUCACCUGCCCUAAGUAGAUGUAUUCCCUUACCACUUCCAAUGCCUCGCUAUACCUAUCGUAAACUGCUGUUCUCUUCCAAGACUGUUAAACAUUAGUUUUCUGCAGAUUAAUUUUUAGACCCAACCUUCUGCUUUGCCUGUCCAGAUCAGUGAGCAUGCAUUGCAGUUGGUCCCCUGAGUUAAUAAGCAAGGCAAUAUCAUCAGCGAAUCGCAAGUUACUGAGGUAUUCUCCAUUAACUCUUAUCACCAAUUCUUCCAACUCCAGGUCUCUGAAUACCUCCUGUAAACACGCUGUGAAUAGCAUCGGAGAUAUCGUAUCUCCCUGCCUGACUCCGUUCUUUUGGGGGAUUUUGUUGCUUUCUUUAUGGAGGACUACGGUGGCUCUGGAGCCGCUGUAGAUAUCUUUCAGUAUUUUUACAUACGGCUCGUCUACACCCUGAUUGCCUAAUGCCUCCAUGACUGCUGGGGCUUCGACUGAAUCAAACGCUUUCUCGUAAUCAAUGAAAGCUAUAUAUAAGGGUUGGUUAUAUUCCGCACACUUCUCUAUCACCUGAUUGAUAGUGUGAAUAUGGUCUAUUGUUGAGUAGCCUUUACGGAAUCCUGCCUGGUCCUUUGGUUGACAGAAGUCUAAGGUGUUCCUGAUUCUAUUUGCGAUUUCCUUAGUAUAUACUUUGUAGGCAACGGACAGUAAGCUGAUCGGUCUAUACUUUUUCGCACAGUCUUUGUUAAAUGCUUCGAACCGAUUUCGCAAGUGACGACCUGCCGCUCGUCGCCGUUGCGAGGCUGCCCGAGCACGCCCGUCCAGCCUGACCUACUGAACUUGGCAGUGUGAGAAGCAUUGCCCCUCUCAUAUUUGGGAGUGUGGAGGCAAGAAAGUUUCGCAAGGGGCUCCGGUACGCAACCCAAAAGCAACUGUGCGGUCACACGAGCCCAUGCUUCGAACCUUUUGACGAAAGACUGUACUUACACACCCUCUAAAAUCCAGAAACGAAAAAUAAGAUAGUAUGACGGACACGUUACUGUGGAUCCAAGGAAGCGCACGCGCCCAUAAGAAACGUAGAGGGUCGUACUGUUUUAUUUUCAUACAAGAACACGUUCGCAUCGACAGUCGUCAAUGUUCACGCAUUUCAGUCAUGUCACCAUUUCUCAUUAUAAAUCCAGACAAUGCCAAAGAAAGCGGAAGUCAAUUGCGUGUCUUUCAUGUCUCAUCUAUUGUGAUCGCUACAUAGAACUGUAUUCGUCCUCCUCAAGUACGUGUAAUAAAUGUCACGAAGUAAAUGUCGGC